AGAAGAAAAAAUUAUGAGUCGAGAAAAAAUCGUGCAGGUGUUUGCUGGUAAUUUUCGUAGCGGUGCGCUGAUUAUUUUUAUUUUUUUUAAAUAAAAAUUCAAAAAACCAAAAAAAAAAUCGAAUUGCGAUUAGAGAGAGAUAAACUCUUCAAAAGCUUAUCAUAAUUUAUAUUAAACAAUUUUCUAUUGGAAGUGGAAACAUUAAAGAUAUAAGAAAAAAAGUGCAGAUACAAGCAAAAAAAGGUACUCUUUUUUAUUUCUAGAAAAGUGUAUCACAUUUCAUAAUUUUCAAUCUAAAAGGAAUUUAAAUAAAAUGUGGUUUUAUUAAUGAAAUCCUAAUAAAGAAGACCCAAGCUAGAUAGUGUCAUUUAUCAUAAUCGCGAUUUAUAAGCUUGUGUAUCACUUUUUUUUUUGCAAAAAAUCCGCCUCCAGAAUUCCACAGAAUUUUUUCUUUGCGUCUCGGCGUCUUUUUGAUCGUCUCCUCGUUGCACAAACUACACACACACACACGUUAUAUAGUUCGGCGUCGGUGUCCGAUAAGAUUGUUGAAAAAAACAUAAAAGUUUGAAUAAAAUUUAAUUUCAUUUUAUUUUAUUGAACUAAUCUUCAUUUAUGGCAGCUGCAAGUUCACAAUUUAGCGAUGUUGAUGAAUAUGGCUUCAAACGUAGCGAAAAUUUUGACUACAAAAUGUAUGAAAAAUUUAUGUCAGGUUACUUGAAAACCCUUACCAAACGACGAAUACGAUGGGACGGAAUGAUGCAAAAAAACCAAGAUCUCACAAUUAUCAAUUCAACGUUAAAACGUUUCAUACGAAAGGGGAUUCCAGGUCCCUACCGUCCUGAUGUCUGGAUGAAAAUAUCUGGAGCAAAUAAGCUACAAGAACGAUCUCCCGAUCUCUAUCGAAAUUUACUUAAUGUUAAUUACGACAAAGAAAUUAGUGAUUCCAUCAAAAUCGAUCUACCUCGUACAUUUCCAGACAAUAUAUUUUUCGAUACGAAAAAAGAACAACUCUAUAAUACGCUAAUAGCAUAUGCACAUCAUAAUCGGGAGAUAGGUUACUGCCAAGGACUCAAUUACAUUGCCGGUCUUUUAGUCAUAAUCACCAAUGAUGAAGAACAAUCUUUUUGGCUUCUCAAACAUAUUGUUGAAAGUGUUGUACCUCAGUAUCAUACGAAAAAUAUGGCGAAUCUUUUAAGAGAUUUAGCUGUAUUCAAGGAAUUGGUUAUUCGAAGAGUACCUGAGGUCAAUAGACAUAUAGAGAAUUUGGGUCUUCCUUAUGCUGUGAUAGCCAGCAAGUGGUUCAUUUGUAUAUUUGCUGAAGUUCUGCCCGUGGAAACUGUUCUAAGAAUAUGGGACUGCGUCUUCGCGGAAGGUUAUAAAGUUGUAUUCCGUGCUGCAUUAGCAAUCUUCCUCACUCACAGGACAGCGAUUUUAGCCUGUGAUGAUAUUGCUGCAUUGGCAAAUCUCUUCCGCGAAGGCAUACUUCGUGAUGAGAUUGUUACAAAUUGUCAUGAUUUUAUUGAAGCAAUGUUUAAAUUACGCCUGCAACGAAAAGAAUUAGAAGCAUUAAGAAAAAUAUGUGUUGGACGAAAUAAUACGUAAAUACAUCAUAAAUAUUUUAAUAAUAUAAAUUGCCACAAAAUUAACAACAAAAUCAAAUGACUCAACUUUACUCACCAAAAUAUUAACAACAAAAAUACCUACAAAAACAAAACGCCCUCAGAAACAAAUUAAAAAAGUGCAACACAAAGAAACAACAAAAACAAAGCAAAAAUACUUA